AGUUGCCAAAUCCAACAAGCGGGCACGAGAAGAAGGUAAAGAAACGACCUUCUACUGCAGAGGGCAACAAAUCAGCCCAGAGAAGAUGGUUGCUUUUAAGAAACGUAAGUUGGGGCAUGAGAUGGUGGUUUCGCCAAGUGCAGGUAUGUGGUUCUCUUGUGUGUGUUUUGAUUUGGCUGAUGAAUGUAGAGACGCCCAUGGCGAUCACGUAUGAGACUCCGAGACACGAGACUGGUCUGGAGGAGGAUAAGAGUGGAGAUGGGGGUAAUUUGGCAACAGUGCGCAAUGAGAAAGCAGUAGAAUCGCGAGAGCGGAGCUCACAGAGUGCGCGAUAUGCGCUGAACGCGCAAAAUGCGCAGAUUGCGCUGGUAGCGCCAGUUGAACGACCAGAAAGUGCAUCAUGGACAAAAAUCACGACGGAUGUUUUAUGGAAAGAAUGGCUGGAGCACGAAACAGCAAAGAACUUGGAACGAAGUGAUCCCCUACGUCGCCUUGGAUUCCAGCUCGAAAUGGCAGAAUCAUUGUUGGAUUUGGAUUUUGCAUUGACCCAGGAAUUACUCCUGUCAGCGGUCUUUGAGUAUCUUUCUGAUGUUACCAUUCCGUCUGAACAUCGACUACGUUCCACUCCAGAGCAGAAACUGGCCUCGAAGACAUCUUACGAUUGGAUGCUGCCAUGGGAUUACUCGCUUUUUCGUUUGCCGGCCGAAUUGCAGAAACGAAUUUGGAGAGAAUACACGAACAGGUUACGAACGCACCUUCAGAUGCGCUUGGAUGGUAUACGGGCUGAAAAUGAAGAUACACUGGUACUGGGAUCGUUGGACAACGAUGAUUUCAAUCUCAUCACCAUGGGAAUGCUCGCUAAAAUCGUGUUGCUUUGUGCAAAGAGGGCUGGUGAGAAUGAGGUGCAGAUGGUUCUUCGGGAAAUUAUCACAAAAGCGAACAGUUGCCAAGGAACCCAAGCAGAAAUCGUGAGUGCAUACGCACAACUCUGCUAUGCCAUGCACUGUGUAUGGCGGUCUGGCGGAAAAUCGAGCAGGGCUCUGGCCGAGUAUGAAGCUUCCAUUAGGAAGAUCAUUGAAAAGAUGGAGCAUUGUGAGCAACGAGUGAGGUUGGUAAGACUAUAUAAUACCGUUCGCCAAACAAUUAACGUAUUAGCCUUGACCCCUGAAGCGCUGGGUACCUGAAGGAUUCAUUAUAGAAGACAACGAAACAUAGACAACGUUCGACUGAAGACGGAACGAGGAAAAGAAGAAACGACCCCACUAAGGAUCAGCUUUUGGGGGUAUUCUCAAGCUCUCAUUAUCAUUAUGCUGCUAUACAAUCUGCCUGCCAUCAUUUCUUUUCCAAUGUGUCCAACUCGUGCCAAUUUGCCAUUACGUCCACCAAACAAUCCAAACAUCUCAAGCAAAGACCCUCUUCACCUCGACCUCUUGACAGCUCGGGUUCUCAGGGCUGUGAGGGCCAACUACCCAUGAAAGAGUCGUGUAUGUGUAUCCCGCAUUCGUCAA